UCAAUCCCCGAGUCCACUCAACUCUCCCCCCUCCUCCUCUUCCUCUCUCUGUCUGUCUGUGUGUCUGAAAAGUUGCCAUUUUUUCUUGUUGGGUCUUUUCCUUUUUAUUUUGGGAGGGGAAAAAGACAAAGCGCGAGCAGAAAUGUCGGGGGAAGCAAAAGACCCGGCGAUCAAGCUCUUCGGGAAGACGAUCUCCUUGCCUGAUAUCCCUCCUGGGGAUGUGGUGGGCGCCAUCGACACUGGUCAGAUUCCAAGCACAGAUCCUCCUUCGCUUGACGAGAAUAUAGGCAGGGACGACAAAGAAGAAGGAGGAGAAGGAGAAGGAGGAGAAGAGAGGAGAGGAGAAGAGGAAGAAGACCGUGAUAAUAAGGAAACACAGGAUGAAAAAUCAGCUAUAGCCAAGCUGGAAAAUGGAGCUCAGUUUGUGAAUCUCGAGGAGGGCACAAACCAGGACGCAAUAUCGGUGACAAAUGAGAACCCUAGGACACCGUCAGUCGACAAGGAGAGCACCAUUCCAAAGGCAUCCAAAUCAGAAGAGGAGCAGAGCGACACGAGCAAUUCGCAAGAUAAGGUGCUCAAGAAGCCUGACAAGAUACUUCCUUGCCCUCGAUGUAAUAGCAUGGACACCAAAUUCUGUUACUACAACAAUUACAACGUGAACCAGCCCCGACACUUCUGUAAGAACUGCCAGAGAUACUGGACAGCCGGUGGGACCAUGAGGAACGUUCCCGUGGGUGCGGGCCGCCGCAAGAACAAGAACUCCGCUUCUCAUUACCGUCAUCUAGCCGUUUCCGAAGCCCUGCAAAGUGUACGGACGGAUUUCCCUAACGGGGUCCAUCACCCACCAUUGAAACCUAAUGGCACUGUCCUCACCUUCGGGUCAGAUACACCUCUAUGUGAAUCCAUGGCUUCGGUUUUGCAUUUGGCUGAUAAGGCAAUGCAUAACUGCAGGAAAAAUGGAUUCCAUAAACCUGAAGGAGUGAUAAUUCCAAGCACUUGUGGAAGUGCGAGAAGCGGGGUUGACAAUGUGAAUGGAUCUUCAGCCACCUCAGUGAAUUCCAACCAUGCGGAGAGUAAAAAUGGAACCAAAGAAAUUGUGAUGCCGAAUUGUCAGGGUUUUCCUCCUCAGCUACCAUGCUUUCCGGGGGCUCCUUGGCCUUAUGCAUGGAAUUCUGCUCCAUGGAGCCCACAAAUAUCCCCUGGCCCGCAGACUUUCUGUCCACCUGGUUUUGCCGUGCCGUUCUACCCUGGGCCAGCUUAUUGGAGUUGCGGUGUGCCAGGGGCUUGGAACAUUCCUUGGGUUGCCCAGCCAACUUCUCCGAACCACAGUGCCACGUGCUCUGGACCUAAUUCUCCGACCUUGGGGAAACACUCCAGGGAUGAGAAAAUCGUGAAACCAAACUACUCCACUGAAGAGGAGCCACAAAAGGAAGCCAAUCCUGAGAGAUCCUUGUGGAUUCCAAAGACAUUAAGGAUUGAUGAUCCUGGAGAAGCUGCAAAGAGCUCGAUAUGGGCGACUCUCGGGAUAAAAAACGAGGCUUCUGAUUCGGCUGGCAGGGGAGUACUCUUUAAGGCCUUCCAGUCUAAGAGAGACGAAAAGAACCACGCGGUCGAAGCUUCUUCUGUGUUACAAGCAAAUCCAGCUGCGCUGUCUCGAUCGCUCAACUUCCAAGAGAGCUCAUAAUCGGUAAUUCGGAGGCUUGGUCAUCAACUGGCAUUGUGAAAAUCUGUUGUGCUCGACUGGUGAAUCGAAAAAUCAGCUGUGCGACCCGCAAGAUCUUAUCGAUUCACCGUCCUCAUUUCUGAGGAUCUAUCCUGAAGCCGUUCUGAGAAAGGAAAAGGAAGGCGAUUCUUUCCCAUGUCGAUUGAAAGAGACUUCUUAGCAUAAGUUCCAAAAUGAUGAUCCUCCCCCUUCUUUUGUUUAGUCGAUAGUAAAAGCGGGCCGCCUCUUUUUUCUAUGUCAGCAUAGUGAUUUGGUGAGUUCAAGUACGUACUAGAUGUGAAAUAAAGAGAGCUAUAAAAAAAUAAUGUUAGAAUUGUAUUGUACUCAAGUUUUACCGUGAUGUACAUCAAAGUUGUAGUCUAAAGAUGCUGUCUUUUACA